UUUUGCUAACAGUUUCACUUUCACUUACCCUAAAGAAAUGUUCAAUUUUAAAUUAUUUCUCCUGUUGUUGGGUGUUUGGAGGUUUUCCUAUGCCCAUGUAAUCCACGAACCUGAACCGGAACCAGAGCCUGAGCCAGAGCCAGAGCCUGACCCUGAGCCUGAAUUAGACCCGGAACCAGAGCCAGAACCUGAUCCUGAACCAGAGCCCGAUCCAGAGUCCGAUCCAGAUCCCGAUCCAGAGCCUGACCCAGAGCCUGAUCCAGAGCCUGACCCAGAGCCUGAACCUGAACCAGAGCCCGAACCAGAGCCCGAACCAGAGCCCGAACCAGAUCCGGAACCAGAUCCGGAACCAGAGCCUGAGCCUGAACCUGAGCCCGAGCCCGAGCCUCCAAUAGUAACGUCAACGACAACUUCAACAAUCCCACCCGACAAUUGCAAUAUCUACUACAGGAAUUACCAAUGGGCUCUCCAGGACGGUGUCUGCCGUUGUUUGCAAAACGAAUAUCUGAUGAAAAACGAAAACGAUCAACGCAUUAAGGACGGUAAAACCCCACUUGUACCCGUUUCCGAGGAACUUUGCCGUAGUUUCAUUAAAAACAGGUGUUGUGUGGGAUUCCCCGUAGUUGCUGAGUUCCCCAUACCACCUCCUUGCGGUUGCAAUCGAAAACAAGGCACAAUCGCCACAGAGCGAUUUUUCAGUCUGUGUCACCUGCUGAAAUUCUCUUCUGAGAACCGAAAACCAUUCUUAACAUACUCGUAUUGUUGGCCAAUCUAAGUGGAAUGAAACCAGUAAAAGUAAUUUUUUAAGUGCUUGUUAUCCUCAUAUUUAAUUAAGUUAAUUUUUAAUUUGCGUACUGGGGAGAUGGAAAACUUUAAAUAUUAUAUAAGAAAAUAGCUGUUU